AUCGACGGGUAGCAGAACACUUCCAGACCCAAUGGCGAUCUCAAAAAAUCGACCAAGCAAUACUAUUGUCCACCAUGCCGAUCAAUCUGCACGAGAAGGUACUCCUAGCCAUGUCUGCCUUCUGGAAUGCGGAAAAUGGGACUUUUCUCUUACCGUCGGGCCCCUUUGGUCCGACUCUCAUGGAUGUGGCGAUGAUCGCGCAUCUCCCAGUCGUGGGUGAAGACCCUGUGAUAGGAGCCCUAGAUGGGCAGGAGCCACCAGAAGACCAUCCAGGGUGGUCUUUACAAGGCGUGAAGGAAUGGGGCUGGACAAAGUUCGCAACCGACCAGCAAGGGGCUCCAGGGACCCCCGUGACCGACCGGGAGCAUACUGCCUUUAUUCUUUUUUGGCUUUGUAGGUACGUCAUUGUUUCCCCUUCUAAAUGCGUUCUUUCUUCUCAUCUCGACCUGGCCAUUCAUAUCGCGUCAGGUCGGUUCUUUUCCCUUGGCACCCUGUUUUUAGCCAAUCUGUUCGAAGGACUCACCAGGGUUAGCCUUCGUUUAACAGAUAAUGAUAAUAGAAAAUUAGACACUGCCGCAUCGGGUCCUUUUUGGUUUUUAGAACUUUGGUCCCGUCUGUACUUCCCCAACGCGUUCAACUUAGGAUCUCCGCCCACUAUGCCAAUAUCCGAAAAACAUUUGGGAUUAGCCCUCAACCGACUCUGCUCAGGACGCAGUAAACUCCAAUCCUCCGAUCCAAUAAUAACCACAAUUUUAACAGAUACCCGCAGUAAUUCUCGAUUUUCUAUGUAUAAAAAAUAUGCGGGUUAUGCUCCCGACCACUUUUGGCCCUUUCCGGCACCAAAUCCUCUUCCGACUCCUGAGCCUUGUCCUCAUCCCACCUAUCCUUUUGCCUGGGACGUUGCCCUCAAACCCAGGUCUCUUUUUAGCAGCAAAAAACUUGAUAAAAAAGGGCAAAAAACUUUUUGCACCUUUAAUUAUGAACCUCAAUUCAUGGCGCGCCAGUUCGGCUGCUGCCAAGGUAUCCCUGGACCCGUCGCUUGUCCUCAUAUAAUUUUUCAAAGUCCUGACCGACGAGUCCUACCUAAUUCGAUCCCUUCUUAUAUCUCCCAGCUCACCACGUAUAUAGUUUCCAAUUCUUAUAUUCCUUUCCGCUCCAACCCUUAGACUGUAGAUAUAUUCAAUGAAUGGUGGUCGGUUGUAUGGCCCCUGAUUUCUCCUGAUGAGGAUCGGUUGCUGAACGUACUCCUUCCCCCCCAAGGAUUGGUUCUAGGAGCGGCUAGACAUACUAGCACUCAGCAACAAACAGCCGCCCCGGGAAUCGGAUCUAGCGUUCCAAUGCGGAAAAGGAAAGCUUCCCAGCUGCAAACACCCCCGACCUCUGGGGCCGACCAGCAAACUCCGGCGGACCUUGGAACUACUAGGACGUCAGCAAGGACCCGACCCCGAAUAGAACCGACCUUGGUAACACCAACCACACAAACGACGCCAGCCCCAGCCGACCAAUCAAUCAUACCUUUGGUCCAGACUCAGGCACUUCCUCGCCAAACCCCUACUCCACUUCUCACUUUGCCAAUGAGCAGCCGGGCGGAGGACCCGACAAGGAGGCAAACUCUUCCUCCUGCACCGAGGAGCAGUCGGGCCAGGCCCCCGACCAGGAGGCAAUCUUUACCAGCACUGCCUAUUGAACCAGUAAGUCCUCUUCGUCAGCAAUACUCAGGAUUCUGAUGAUCAACCCUGGUGUAGUUAACAACAACAUUUCCCUAAUUUUUCACAGACACCUUCACUAAUCGCAUCAGCAGCAGGGGUCUCUUCAGACAGCGAGGGGACUACUUCCCAGAUGGGUCGACCGCCAUACAUGGCAUCAGACUCAUCCAUUUCGAAGGAAGAACCAGCUGCCCUUGCCGAAGCUGACCCUCAAGACGACAUCCCUGCUGCUGCUGAUCCCGAAAUAGUCCAAUCGGAUGCAGCUGCGCUGGAAACCGAAAGUGCCUCGGCUGCGGCUAUCCCAGUUGCUCCUGAGAUACCGGCUGCAGUGGCUCUAGAUGCAGCUGCCCAACCUGCAGCCGCCCAGCCAGCAGCGGCGCUACCUCCAGCAAUCGAGUGGCAGGCAGAAGAACCACCUGUGGCAGCCCA